UAUGACUGUUCUUCGGUUCCAAGGCUGUUCCAGCUCCGUCUCGAUCAACGACGUCAUGGAAAGUAUUGGAAGCCUCACAGAUCACGCAUAUUCGCUCUGCCUCUCAUUCCUCAGAGCAUGGAUUCUGCAGGAAAUGUUUCCAGGCAUCUUUGUGUGGUCUCUUUGCUUCGAGUGUGCGGUCCUUAUGAAGGUCUAACCACAGCAGUUACGGAACUAGUGUUCAUGAUAACUUUCUCUUGGUUCUCUAUCAUCCUACAAACACUUUGUUUCACUGUCUGCGGACUGUCCGAUGUGCCCCUACUGUGUAUGUUCUAUGUCCUUAUGGUCCCAUUUCUCGAAAUAAACUAUAUAUUCAUUUCCGUGGCGGUUUGAUUCGACAUCUGUUCUUUCGGACUGGUUGCAAGGGGUGAAAGAUAGUUCUUUUUUUU